GAGCCCCCACGUUUUGAUACUGACCUAAGUGGAAGCACAGCAGCUGGUCUUGUCCAUCACUGCAAGCAAGUGCAAGGAUUCCUGAUUAUACUUAGUACCCACAGCAGGGACAGUGGCUGAGAGGGACGUUGCAGCAAUCCGUGCUUCAACGGGAAGCCGCCACGAAGGAAUAUGCCUGCCUUUGGCUGAAGAAGACAUAUCCCUUUCUCCCUCCUGGAUUAAUCAUGAAAGACGCUCUCAACAUUCCACUGGUCCAUUUCUUCACUCUUGCGGCCUUCAGCUUGGCUGAGAAAUCUCCUAAAGCGCCCAUCAUCGCCGCUUCUCUUGAAACAGUGGAUGCCCAAGUCGAAGAGGUGGCCAUCUUUGAGUGUGUAGUCGAGGCUUAUCCUCAGGCAGAGAUCACAUGGACUCGCAAUAACAUUCCCAUCAGGUUCUUUGACACACGGUAUAGCAUAGAGAAAAAUGGGCAGCUCCUGACCAUUCUGAGUGUGGAGGAAAGUGAUGAUGGAGUCUAUUGCUGCACCGCAAACAAUGGCGUAGGGGUACCGGCAGAAAGAUGUGGGGCAUUGCAGGUGAAAAUGAAACCCAAAAUAACCCGCCCACCUUCCAAUGUGAAAGUAAUAGAAGGCCUGAAGGCUGUUCUUCCAUGCACCACGAUGGGAAACCCCAAACCUUCAGUAUCGUGGAUCAAAGGAGAAAAUGCUAUAAAGGAAAAUGCUCGGAUUGCUAUUCUUGAAUCAGGCAACUUGAGGAUUCAUAAUGUUCGAAGAGAAGACAGUGGUCACUAUUGGUGUAUGGCAAAGAACAGCCUUGGGACGGCGUACUCAAAGCCUGUAACUUUGGAAGUGGAAGUUUUCGCCCGAAUCCUGAAAGCUCCCGAAUCCUACAACGUCAGCUUUGGCUCUGUGGUGACGCUGCGAUGUGCAGCAACAGGCAUUCCAACCCCUACGGUGACAUGGCUUGAAAAUGGAAAAGCCGUCUCAGCAGGAUCCAUCGUAGAAACUGUCAAAGACCGAGUGAUCGAUUCCAGGUUGCAAGUCUACGUCACCCGGCCGGGUUUGUUCACCUGCAUAGCAACGAAUAAGCACAGCGAGACUUAUGGCACAGCAAAAGCCGCAGCCACUAUCAACGUAUCAGAAUGGAGACUCUACAAGGGUGAUACAGGCUACUGCAGCACAUACAGAGGAGAGGUGUGUAGCUCUCUGUUGGCCAAGGACGCCUUUGUUUUCUUCAACGCCUCCUAUGGAGACCCAGAGGAGACCCAAGAACUGCUUGUCCGCACAGCGUGGGCUGAGUUGAAAACAGUGAGUCCUUUUUGCCGCCCAGCCGCUGAGUCCCUGCUGUGUCAUUACAUCUUCCAGGAGUGCAAUCCCUCCAGGAUCGGAGCUGCUCCAAAACCUGUUUGCAGAGAGCACUGUCUUGCUGUAAAGGAUCUCUACUGCUUUAAAGAAUGGCUUUCGAUGGAAGAAAAUGCCCGCAAAGGAAUCUAUAAGCCUGGAUUGAUGUUGCUUACCCUUCCCAAGUGCAACAGUCUCCCCAGCAUACAGCAGGACCCCAAUACUUGCACGAGGAUCCCACAGUUUGAGCUUAAAAAGGAGGAUAUAACAACAACUUGUUACAAAGGCAAUGGGUUAACCUAUGAGGGUCCUGUCAAUGUCACCACCUCUGGGAUUCCCUGUCAGAAGUGGAAUGAACAGGUACCCCAUUCACACCGGAAAACCCCUCUAGCUUUCCCGGAGUUGUCCAAUGCAGAAAACUAUUGCCGCAAUCCAGGGGGUGAAAAUGCACAGCCCUGGUGUUACACGAGGGACUCAUCUGUGAAAUGGGAAUACUGCAACGUGCCUCAUUGUGGAGAUGCAUCUUUGACCCAGGAAACGACAAAGUUGAGUGCGGCUCCUCCACGUUUCCCCUUUCCCCCCUCUUCCUCCCCGACAUACUCUAUGACUGUCAUUAUCUCCAUCAUCUCCAGUUUUGCGAUGCUGAUCAUCCUUGUGAUCCUCGCUCUCGUUUGUUGCCGGAGGCGCAAGCAGCUGAAGAACAAAACAAGGGAGUCAGCACCCCCAGCCCUGACAACACUUCCUUCUGAGCUCUUAUUGGACAGAUUGCACCCAAAUCCCAUGUACCAGCGCAUGCCUCUACUUUUGAACCCAAAGUUAUUCAGUCUGGAGUAUCCACGGAACAAUAUCGAAUAUGUGAGAGAUAUUGGAGAAGGCGCUUUCGGCCGGGUCUUCCAAGCAAGGGCCCCUGGACUGCUUCCUUACGAGCCAUUCACGAUGGUGGCUGUGAAGAUGCUCAAAGAAGAAGCCUCAGCAGACAUGCAGGCAGACUUCCAGAGAGAGGCGGCCCUCAUGGCUGAAUUUGAUAAUCCAAACAUUGUGAAACUUUUAGGGGUGUGUGCUGUUGGAAAGCCCAUGUGCCUACUUUUCGAAUACAUGGCCUUCGGGGACCUCAACGAAUACCUGCGCAACCGAUCGCCACGCAACCUCUGUAGCCUAAGCAACAAUAACCUUGACAUGCGGAUCAGGCCCUCGAGCCCCAGCACGCUCGGCCUCUCGUGCACCGACCAGCUCUGCAUUGCCAAACAGGUGGCAGCUGGCAUGGCCUACCUCUCGGAACGCAAGUUUGUGCACCGCGACUUGGCCACCAGGAACUGUUUGGUGGGAGAAAACAUGGUGGUCAAAAUUGCAGACUUUGGUCUCUCCAGGAACAUGUACUCGGCAGACUAUUACAAAGCCAACGAGAACGACGCCAUUCCCAUACGAUGGAUGCCCCCUGAGUCCAUCUUCUACAAUCGCUAUACGACUGAGUCUGACGUCUGGGCCUACGGCGUGGUCCUGUGGGAGAUCUUUGCCUUUGGCCUGCAGCCCUAUUAUGGGAUGGCUCACGAGGAAGUCAUCUAUUACGUGAGAGAUGGAAAUGUCCUCUCUUGCCCAGAUAACUGCCCUCUGGAACUGUACAACCUCAUGCGCCUGUGUUGGAGCAAGCUCCCUUCUGACAGGCCGAGCUUUGCGAGCAUCUAUCGCAUUCUGGAGCGCAUGUAUGAGAGGGCAGUGGCAGCUGAUCACGCAUGAACUGUGCAAUGAGGGCAGCUUUUCAUGGCCUCCUCUCUUGAAUGACUAAGCUUGGGUGAAAGAAGGAGCCUGGACCUCAAUAUAUCAGCAGGAUCAAUUGUGCCAACACAGGCUUUGUAGUUGCUGCUUAGGCAACAUUCCCAAUAGGAAACUGAAGCAAGUGUGGUUGUUGACUUGAGUGAAGGCCGCAACUUCAGGAAGUGUCACAAGUGUAUUUUGAAAAUAACCAGCAAGGACACUGUUCUUGAAAUGUCAUUUUUCUUUUCUGUUUUCUUUUAAAACUUUUUUUUAUCACGACUUUCUGUUAUGCCAAAAACCACGGCGUUCAAAAAUAAAAUCCACUACUACUAAAACAAGAUCAGAGAAUAAGCUAAACGCAGCAGCAGAAUUUCAAAUACAAUCAAUUGAAAGAGGAAACGAAGAGUUUGGAGGGGGGGCAUGUUGGAUAUUAUAGCAGGAGCAUUCAGAACAAUUCUAAAAACCCAACUCCUUCCAGAGCAGGAAGUUCUUCACAGGUCAUUUUGAACAUGUGUCUAUAUCUCAUGUCUUGAUUUAUCCUGAGUCACAACAUUGCUCAAUCUGAUCAGGCGGGCAAGAGUACAGGGUUUCAUCUUGUAUGUAUUUUAUUGGAAAAUUGCUUCCAAAAUGUGUUUAUUAGAAGAAAUUCGCACAGA